AUGCCCGCGCAAGACUGGAAGACCCUGUGCGCCGAGCGCAAGCAGCGCCAACUGGAUCUCAUUCCCAAAGAGUGGACCAUCACCCUCCCGCCAGACAGCCAGCGCAACGUGUUAGAUGUGCCCCGGACUUGUGGCCUUCUCAGCGCGCGCGAGCUUGACAUCACUGAUACCGUCAAUGUCGCGAUCCUCCUCGACAAUCUCCGCACCGGCCAAUGGUCCUCGGUCGAGGUCACCACCGCGUUCUAUAAACGUGCCAUCAUUGCUCAACAGCUGACCAACUGUUUGACAGAGAUAUUUAUCGAACGUGCCCUUGCGCGCGCGGCAGAAGUCGACGAGUACCUCAAGACUCAUGGAAACCCUAUUGGACCUCUCCAUGGCCUCCCCAUCUCCCUCAAGGACCAGUUCUGCAUCAAAGGCAUGGAGACGAUCAUGGGCUACGCCGGCUGGAUAGGUCGCGUAGCCAACCGCGACAGCGUCCUUGUCGAACUGCUGUACGAGUGCGGUGCCGUACCCUUUGUGCGCACGAACGUGCCGCAGACUCUCAUGUGGGGCGAGACGUACAACCACGUCUUCGGCCGCACAACGAACCCAUUCAACCGGUACAUGGCCCCGGGCGGCUCCUCCGGCGGGGAGGGCGCGCUCGUCGCUCUCCACGGCAGCCCCCUCGGCGUAGGCACCGAUAUCGGCGGGUCUGUCCGCAUCCCGAGCGCCUUCUGCGGGCUCUACGGCUUGCGCCCGUCGUAUGAGCGCCUGCCGUACUGCAACGCGGUGAACGCGAUGGAGGGCCAGGAGAGCAUCUCGUCCGUGCUCGGGCCGAUGACGAACUCCCUUGAAGGCGUUAAGCUCUUCACGAAGGCGAUCAUCGAUGCAAAGCCAUGGCGCAAAGACCCCCUCGCCGUGCGGAAAGAGUGGAGCGCGCGCGAGUACGCGCUCGGUGACCACGGUGAGGGCGGCAAGAUGUGCUUCGCUAUCAUGUGGGACAACGGUCUUGUCAAGCCCCACCCGCCGCUCGUCCGAGCGAUGGAAAUCGCAAAGAAGGCACUGGAGGCGGCCGGACAUACCGUGAUUGACUGGGAGAACCACCGACACCUCGAGAUCUUCGAGAACGGUCAAAGGAUCUUCGUUGCGGACGAUGCGCAGGACCUUCUCAACGACUGCGCGCUCUCGGGCGAGCCGCUCAUCCAGUCUAUGAGCCCUGAAACGGACGCACACGAGUACGCGCUCGACGAGCCUCUCAUCCGCACGAUCGUGGGCGAGCGCCGGCACCUGUCCGCGUACGAGUUGUGGGAACUGCACAAGCAGAAGCGCGGGCUCCGGAAGUCGUACCUCGAUCACUGGGAAGCCACCGCCGCGAACACGGGCACAGGACGGCCAGUCGACGCGAUAAUCAGCCCUGCGGCGGCGUAUGCCGCGUGCCCUCACGGCUGUAACUCCGACUUCUUCUACACGGAGCUGUGCAACUUCCUGGACUACACGGCCUCCAUCUUGCCCGUCACCACUGUGGACAAGGCGCUCGACCAGCGCGUCGCGCCGCAUACAUUCCACAACCACGAGGACGAGGCCGUGUACAAGCUCUAUGAUCCGGAGCUGUGGCACGGCAUGCCUGUCAACCUCCAGCUCAUCGGCCGCACGCAGGAGGAAGAGGGCGUCAUCGGCAUGACCGAGGUCCUUGACAAGGCCUUGAAGGCGUUCAAGCAGGCGGAGGGGCAGUAGCCUCAAGCUUGAAGCUGAAUAUAGCGGAUACGCUGACGGAGGUGCAAGCCAAAGAUGCCGACGAAGACAAACCAAGAUGUAUGCAUACAAGAUUAUCCUGCCCUGCGAGCCACGAAACAAAUGCAACAC